AUGGAUACGGCACUCGGUCCGGGACACUAUCCAGAAGUGACAACAGCGGCGAGAAGCGAACGAGUCACGGGUGCAUUUUCAUCCAGUGCGUCGUCAUGUCUUAUACGAGGCGGCAGAGUGUCAGGUUUGUGCUUCAGAACUGAAAAUCCUACAAAGGAAUCAAAUGAAGAUGAAGUUGAGAUGAAGAAUGAGGAAAGAGAAGAUGAAGAAGAAGGUGUUGCAAUCUAUCCGGAUGGUGGAAUUUCUUCGAUUACUCAGAAAAAGAGAAGUGAAGGAUACACCUACAUAUUGAACCCGAAUAAAAUGGAUGUUUGUUAUGAAGCAUGA